AUGCAAUGGCGUCCUCCGUCCACUGGAGGGCGCUGCGCUUCACUGGCCUGUGUUGUUUCAGCUGCUGCUUGUACACAAGAAGUAGAUGGAUCAUGUUGUGGUCUGCCCGACCAAGCGGUGGGAGAGCUCUGGAGAAACGUUCAGGACAAUUGCUGCUUACGGUCACUCUACAUUGAUUUUAAGAAGGAUUUGGGCUGGAGGUGGAUCCACGAGCCAAAGGGCUAUGAGGCCAACUUCUGUGCCGGGGCCUGUCCGUAUCUGUGGAGUGCCGACACCCAGCAUUCCAAGGUGUUAGGCCUGUAUAACACCAUCAACCCUGAAGCAUCAGCCUCACCCUGUUGCGUUUCCCAGGACUUGGAGCCCCUCACCAUCCUCUACUACAUUGGGAAGACCCCAAAAAUAGAGCAGCUCUCCAACAUGAAGGUUAAGUCCUGCAAGUGCAGCUAGAAGCCCUUACAAACCACCUCUCUCUCUCUCUCCCUGUCUCUCUCUCUCUCUCUCUCUCUCUCUAUCUCUCUCUCUCUCUCUCUCCUUCCUUCAGACAAACACACAUACGUAUCCACACAUACAGUGGAUUUGGACAAACAUGAAGUCAAACCGCAACUGUACUUUCUCUUCGAUGCACCAUUAUAUUCACAGCAGUCAGGAGUGGAGUGCUGGAGAAACGAGUUACAGACCAAUUCAGUGCUAGUUCAGUGCAUACUCAAUAUACAGGAGCAGUGCUGUCAUGACACCAAAAACAUGUCUUUGAUACCAAUGCUGAGUACCAGCAAUAUGGUGAUACAUACUUUUCAUGAGGCUUAGGGGCCGUACACGUGCCACAUCUUUAACCGCCUGGAAAAUGUGAGGUUGGGUCCUCGGUGUUACUCUUGUGCCUAUUCUGGCACACUGUCACGAGUGUGGAGGCAGGUUGCUAAACAAACAUUACAAGUAUCGUAUCAUAGCCUACUUAGCUAAAAUUCUGAGUGAGGAGCUGAUGUCCUUUCAGGCGCUGUUUAUUAAGUGUGUUGGCCUAAAAUAUUGUCCAUAGGUAGCCCUGCACUAAAUUGGUCAACUUCUCAAUAUGUACCACAGACCGAUCUUUGCGGAAGAAGGGAAAGAUGCAUGUCACGACACCGUUGCUGUGACGUUUGAAUGCAUCCACUGUGUGUCUACAUCAAAAACAAUGGAUCAGAGGGCACAAAAAAAUGCAGCAUACAUAGGCCCCCUAAAGAGUCUUCAGUCUGUUGUAGGGUUGUCCCAUAUAUCAUUGUUUAGGUACCAGAACUUAGGUAGUAAUUGAGAGCAAAGCUUUGGCCAGCCGUGGGGGCUGGGGUGCAUAUUAUUAUCACAAGUGCUCAUAAUAUUAGGUUCAGAAUCGGAGACAACCCCUGAAAAGCGGCAUGAAACAGAAGCACAAACACAGCAACAAAUUUCAGAUUUAGAACUUUAGGCAUGUGAUACUAAUAGUUAGCCCUGUCACUGUGUGUGUGUGCGAGUGGACUUGCUGUUAGGAGAAGUUUGCCUUCAGGACUUUCUGUCAGAAAGGGAUUUCCUCGUUAAGGUUAGGAAAUAGUAGCCUAGGUUAAAAUGAAUACAACUUUGGAACCCAUUGUCCUCCAGUCUGAAGAUGAAAAGCCUCUUGGGGCAAGGGCCUAUAUUUUGGGAUGAUCUGGUGUAGCUAGUAGAUAUCUGAGAUAUCAUUUUGUCUAAUCCUUAUAAACAGAUAUCUGCAAAUGAAUGCAAUAAAUUAAAAACAAAAAAGCUAAUAUAGAGCUAACUCACCAUCAGACGAUAGCUUAUUGGUUCUGAGACUGCAUUUUGGCCAAUGUGUUCCACCUCUCCAUUGGUCUGUUCACCUGUAGUUCAAACAUGAUCGGCCAAUACUGCUUGGAUUACAGACAGAAACAUCAAAAACUGUGAUGCAAGAAUCUUUUCCUGUUGUCUACAGAUCCUGCAUACAUCUGCAGAUACUGUUUGUAGUUAUUAAAAUGAAUAAAGCCCUAAUGGCAAAUUUCUCCUGUAUGCAGCGGACUCUCACGAUAAACGAAGAGAGAGCGGAGCAAUUAGUUGCUGAGUGACUCAAGAUGCUACAAUAACAAUUUUUUUUUUUUUUACAUAUUUUAGAUAAUUAAAAAAAAAGGAAU